AUUUUUCUUCUUUAUCCAUAAAACUACACCACCAAAACAAUUCAAUAUUAAGCACCAAUCUUCUUCCCUCAUCACACCCCCCAAGAUUCCAACAAUGUCCCCUUCACCAUCACCAAUCUUCUUAACUUUUCUCAUCUUUCUCUUCCAUUUUCAACACACCUCAUCCUUCACCCUCUCAGUAGAAAACCCUGAACAAAACAUCAUACUCUCCCCCAAAAAAACCUUCACAGCAGGUUUCUACCCUGUAGGACAAAAUGCUUAUUCCUUUGCCAUAUGGUUCACCCAAAAACACAAAAAUCUCAACAACACUACCAUUGUUUGGAUGGCAAAUCGUGACCAACCAGUUAAUGGAAAACGCUCAACACUUUCCCUUCUCAAAACUGGAAACCUCGUCUUAACAGAUGCAGCUCAGUCCAUUGUUUGGUCCACUGAAACCACCUCAACAAAACCACUUGAACUACUAUUACAUGAAACAGGUAACCUUGUUCUUCAAGAACAAAGCAGAAAUGGUUCAAGAAAAAACAAUAUUCUAUGGCAAAGUUUUGACUUCCCAACAGAUACACUUUUACCUGACCAAACCCUAACGAGGUUCACGAACCUCGUUUCAUCAAGAAGUCAGACGAACUAUUCGUCUGGCUUCUACAAACUAUUUUUUGACAAUGAUAACAUUCUUCGUCUUUUAUAUCAAGGACCGAGAGUAUCUAGCAUUUAUUGGCCAGAUCCUUGGACUACAAGCAAUGGUGCAGCUGGUAGUGGUACAAGAAGUACUUACAAUAGUAGUAGAAUCGCGUCGUUGGAUUCGUUUGGUAGUUUUAGUUCUUCUGAUGAUUUUGUUUUUAAUACUGCUGAUUAUGGAACUUUUUUGCAACGUAGACUUACACUUGAUCAUGAUGGUAACGUUCGCAUUUAUAGUAGAAAAGAUGAGGAACAGGGUUGGUUUGUUUCGGGUCAAUUUCGUCAACAACCUUGUUUUAUUCAUGGAAUUUGUGGGCCUAAUAGUACUUGUAGUAAUGAUCCAUUGACUGGUAGAAAGUGUUCUUGUCUACCUGGUUAUGUUUGGAUUAAUGAUCAAGAUAGUUCUCAAGGUUGUAGACCCAAUUUUGAACUUUCUUGCAGUAACAAGACUCAUGAUGAGUUAAGUUUUUUGGCUUUGUCUCAUGUUGAUUUUUAUGGAUAUGAUUACGGAUUUUAUACGAAUAAAACUUACAAAGAAUGUGAGACUUUGUGUGCACAAUUGUGUGAUUGUGCAGGAUUUCAGUAUACUUUUACAGCUGAAUAUGGUGGUGUCUAUUGGUGUUAUCCGAAAAUUCAGUUACUUAAUGGCCAUCGUUCGCAGAGUUUUCUUGGAUCAUUCUACUUGAAAUUGCCGAAAAGUAGUGGUUUUGUUGAUGAGAUUAGGAUUCAACAAAAUAGCAGUGGAAUGGUUUGUGAGAGGAAUGGAGUGGUAAAGCUUGACAGAGAAUACAUGAAGAAGAAAGAAAAUGGUUCAUUGAAGUUCAUGCUUUGGUUUGCUUGUGGAUUAGGAGGAUUAGAGCUUUUGGGAUUUUUUAUGGUUUGGUUUUUCUUGUUUAGGAGCAGCAGAAAUUCUGAUGAGAAUCAUGAGUAUGUUCUAGCAGCAACAGGGUUUAGGAAAUUCAGUUACUCUGAAUUGAAACAAGCUACAAAAGGUUUUAGUCAAGAGAUCGGAAGAGGUGCUGGAGGAACUGUGUAUAAGGGUGUUUUAUCUGACAAUCGAGUUGCUGCGAUAAAGCGUUUGCAUGAAGCGAAUGAAGGAGAGAGUGAGAGUGAGUUUCUUGCCGAAGUUAGCAUCAUUGGAAGGCUUAACCACAUGAAUUUGAUUGGUAUGUGGGGUUAUUGUGCUGAGGGAAAGCAUAGAUUGUUGGUUUAUGAGUACAUGGAAAAGGGUACUUUAGCUGAUAAUCUCUCAUCAAAUGAACUUGAUUGGGGUAAGAGGUAUAACAUUGCUAUGGGAACUGCAAAGGGACUUGCGUAUUUACACGAAGAAUGUUUGGAGUGGAUUUUGCAUUGCGAUAUAAAACCGCAAAACAUACUUGUUGACUCCGAUUACCAACCGAAGGUAGCUGAUUUUGGUCUGUCCAAGCUAUUGAAUAGGGAUGACCUUGAUAAUUCAAAUUUCUCGAGGAUUCGAGGGACAAGAGGUUACAUGGCACCUGAAUGGGUUUUCAACAUGCAAAUCACUUCUAAAGUGGACGUUUAUAGCUAUGGAGUCGUUGUGUUGGAGAUGAUUACCGGAAAGAGUCCAACAACAGGUAUCCAAAUCAAAGACAAAGAAGAGUUGUGUCAUGAGAGGUUGGUAACAUGGGUUAGGGAAAAAAGAAGAAAAGGAGUAGAAGUUGGUUGUUGGGUGGCACAAAUUGUAGACCCAAAAUUGGGAUCAAAUUAUGAUGUAAAGAAGAUGGAGACAUUGGCAAAUGUUGCUUUGGAUUGUGUACAAGAAGAUAAAGAUGUUAGACCUACCAUGAGUCAAGUUGUUGAGAGGCUAUUAAGGGAUGACCAUGAUUAUUGAUAGUGUACACAUUUAAUACUUCUGUUUCCAUUAUUUUCUACAUGUAAUUUGAUUCAAGGAGGAUGUUAUCACAAUUUUGGAGGUAACAUUUAAAUAAUUAGUGUUUAGAAUGUGAUCAUAGUUUUCACAUUUCUGUUGCUUAUAUGCCUGUUCUAUACUUGUCACGAAGAAACAAGCUCCAUGUAUCCAAUGACCUUGAAACAAUAUUUCAAAAUCGAAUAAGACGGUUCAAUCGGUUAAACCUUAAA